CGUUGGUAGGUUUGGGUCGUGAAGAUGGGUAAGGGAAACGGUGGCAGGAGUGCGACCAAGCCGGACGACGAGCUCGUCAACCUCAUCUUCUCUUGGUCCCUCCAAGAUGUCCUGAACCAGGACCUCUUCAGAGAUAAGGUGAACACGAUACCUGACAGAUUCUUCGGGUUGGAGGGCUACCUGGACUCGUUCAGGAUCCCGCUGCUGGAGGAGAUGCGAGCAGAGAUGAGCUCUAACCUGGAGUCACUUCCCAGCCACUCCUCGACCGUGUCAAUACGGUCUCUGGCUCCGAAGAUCAUGGGCACGAAAAACUCCAUGCUCUAUCGCGUCACCGUAGCCCGCCGCCGUGAAGCGCGUUCCCCAUUCGUCGGUGACAUCAUCAUGCUCACGGACGCGACGCCUCGCCGCCCGUCCGAGCUCGCGAGAAACGGCGGCUCGUACUGCCUCGCUCACGUAAAGAAUGCCAGCGAUGAUAAGUUUAACUUUGAGAUCAGAGCGUCUAAGAAAAUCGACGAAGCAAACUCCUACGCUUUCGCUGUUAGCCUGCUCAGUUUCAUACCCUACGUACGCAUUUGGAGGUGUCUGGACUACGACGCCGCGGUGAAGAGAAGUGCUGGCCUUGUCAAGUUUGUCGCCGGCGACGCGAUGAGCACAUCGUUUCAUGGUUCCUCUCCUCGCCCAGAGACCGUAGGAACCGGCGCCAACGCCUCGGCUAUUCUGUCUGCGUUCAAGCUCAACGACUCGCAGACCGACGCCGUACUGAGCUGCGUCUCGGCGACGAAGCGCAACGGCGCGGGCAAGUUCAGCCUCAUCUGGGGGCCGCCCGGCACGGGCAAGACCAAGACUAUCAGCGUGCUCCUGCUGCUGCUGUUGACGAGCCAGAUCAAAUGCCGCGUCCUGACGUGCGCGCCGACGAACACCGCGAUCAGCCAGGUCGCGGCCCGUGUCGUGUCGCUGAGGAAGCAGCAUUCCCCAGCCGACGGAGGGCGCCAUGGCGAUCUGCUAUUGUUCGGAAACAGGGAACGCAUGUCCAUCGACAGUGACCUGAGCAAGAUCUUUCUGGACACUCGCGUGACGAAGCUCAAGAAGUGCUUCUCGCCGGCGACGGGUUGGAGGCAGUGCCUUGUUUCACUAGAGUUGUUCCUGGGACAACCCAAAACCGUGAGCUUUCAGUACUACAGAGCUUGCUUGCAGAAAGACGGAACAAAAUUACUAGAGUCGUCUUUCGUCAGGUCAAGAUUCCAUCAGAUAUUCCAGAUGCUGAGCAAAUGUUUCACAACAAUCAUGUCUCACGUCCCUAGGACCAUCGUUCUGGAGAAGAAUUACAAGAAUAUUGUUUCACUAAUUAAAAUGCUCGAAAACUUUAGCAAGCUGCUUGAUAGGAAGAUUGCAGGAAAUGAUAUCGCGGUGGAUGUCUUCAUGACUACGAGUGACACGAAAUGCGACGAUUCAGCUGGUGCAGUGGGCAAUUCAGAGUUAGUUGAAAAACUUAUGCGACAGAAGGCUGCAAUUGUAGGCGUGACAGGAACUCUUAUCCGGGACCUGGAACUUCCUGUGACACGCUCUUAUUUCAGGAUCAAGGAAUUCUGCCUUGUAAGCGCCUCCCUUAUUUUCUGCACCGUGUCUGGCUCGGCAAAGCUGAACGGUCAGAGGAUAGAUUUGCUUCUCAUCGACGAGGCAGCGCAGUUGAAGGAAUGCGAGUCCCUCGUCCCAUUGCAACUCUCUGGACUGAAGCAUGCUGUUCUUAUUGGAGAUGAGUGUCAGCUGCCAGCAACUGUGAAAAGCAAGGUUGCAGAUACAGCAUUACUGGGCAGGAGCCUGUUUGAGAGGUUAAGUUUACCGGGACAGAAGAAGCACCUUCUGAACAUUCAGUACAGGAUGCACCCUUCCAUAAGCAUCUUCCCAAACUUGAGUUUUUACAACAAGAAAAUUUUGGAUGGCCCGAAUGUCACGCAGGAGAGGCAUGUGCGUAGCUACCUUCAAGGAGCAAUGUUUGGGCCAUACUCAUUCAUCCACAUUGAUGGAAGGGAACAUCCUGGCCGGAGCAAGCGAAACAUGGCCGAGCUAACUGUCAUAAUGGAAAUACUGCAUAAUCUCAAAGAAGCUUGUAGGAGCACUCGGCAAGGAGUUUCUGUUGGCGUCAUAUGCCCAUACGCCGCACAGGUGGAGGCAAUUCAGCGGGAGAUAGGGGACGCGAAGGCCAUGCAUCCCCUAGCUCUGCGCGUUAACUCUGUGGACGGGUUCCAAGGCAGCGAAGAAGACGUCAUCAUCCUGUCAACCGUCAGGCACUGCCUCUGGAUCCUUGGUAACGCGACGACCUUGCGCGGCAGCGGCUCCAUCUGGGGAGAGCUGGUCCGGGACGCUGUGGAUCGGCGGUGCUUCUUCGACUGGGACGGUGGCGCGGGCGUCUCGUCGUCCGUUCCUCCUCCGUGCGGCGCUGGCCCGACCGGUUGUGAACAUGGAUGGAACGCAGCAGCGGUUGAUCCAGAUGUUGACUUGCGCCCGGCGUGCUGCGUGUAUGAAGCCGACAUUUGUGGUUCCCUGGGCUCCCUGCGACUAGCAGAGUGAAGAGGCUGCAGUUGGCAAUGGGGACUGGGGACUCGUAGCCGUAGGUGUGUCAUUUUGGUUGGUGAUUUUCAAAUGCCUGCUUCUAUAGGUUGGUGAAUUUGAUUUUGAAUUUGACGUGCCAUGCUAAAGUAUUUCUUAGCUGGGACUCGGUAACUUUGAUGUGCCAAGUUUCUCGAAACAUGGAAAUUCUGGAGAACGCCCAUGUGGCGCGGUGGUUG